AUGUCGGCCCUUCUCGAGGAUAUAUUUGAUGUUAAAGAUGUUGACAGAGAUGGGAAAAAAUUCGAUAAAGUCUCCAGAUAUUUUUGCGAAAGCGAAUCGUUCAAAAUGGGGCUGAUCCUUGAUAUGUAUAGUCUUAUUUAUCAGUUGAUGAAGGGUGACAAAUUUCGAAUGGUCCUUACUAAAAGUGUACUAAACGAUAUAGGAGCAGAUGCAGAUGAUGACGACGAGGACGAUGCAGCAGAAGAAACGGGCGAGAGGCUCGCAAAUAGCAAAAUGGCCGAGUUUGAUUAUGUUUGCUAUGGUAAAAUAUACAGAAUAGAGGCUCAUGAUAGCGGAGCAGAUGCUAGUCGGCUCUCCUGCUUCGUUUCUUUCGGUGGGCUUCUAAUGCAAUUAACUGGAGAUGCAAGUAAUUUACAGGGAUUCCGAGUUGGGAAGCACCUAUAUCUCAUGAUAAAAAAACUUGCAUUCUGA